CUGCGCAACGGCAUCGGCGUGAGGUGUUAGUCGGCGUGGAGGAAUCAAGAUAUCUCUCUUUCAAGCGAGGCCAUCACGAUGGGUUUCGUGAAGUUAGUGAAGAACAAGCAGUACUUCAAGCGCUUCCAAGUCAAAUUCAAGAGGCGUCGUGAAGGAAAAACCGACUACUAUGCUAGGAAACGCCUGACCGUUCAGGACAAGAACAAAUAUAACACCCCCAAGUAUAGGUUGAUCACACGUAUCUCCAAUAGAGAUAUCACAUGCCAAGUCGCAUACGCCAGGAUCGAAGGCGACAAGAUUGUGUGCGCAGCAUACAGUCAUGAGCUGCCCAAGUAUGGUAUCAAGGUUGGUCUGACCAACUACGCUGCUGCCUACUGCACCGGUCUUCUCUUAGCCAGAAGGCUGCUGAAAAAAUUGGGCUUGGACACCUUGUACCCUGGAACCACCGAUGUUACUGGUGAUGAGUACAAUGUUGAAGAGCUCGACAAAGGACCUGGUGCCUUCAAAUGCUACUUGGACACUGGACUCAUGCGUACCUCUACUGGUGCUCGUGUAUUCGGUGCCAUGAAGGGAGCUGUUGAUGGUGGACUUAACAUCCCACACAGCUUGAAACGCUUCCCUGGCUAUGACAACGAGUCCAAAUCUCUGAAUGCUGAUGUUCAUCGUCAACACAUCUUUGGACAACAUGUUGCCAACUACAUGAAGCUUCUUGAAGAAGAAGACCCAGAAGCUUUCCAAAGACAAUUCUCGCAGUAUAUUAAGAACGGAAUUGCUGCCGAUAGCAUUGAAACUAUGUACAAAAAGGCACAUGAAGCCAUCCGUGCCAACCCAGAGCAUGUUAAGGAAGAGAAGAAACCUCAGGAGAAGAAGAAGAGGUGGAACAGAGCAAAAAUGUCACUCUCAGAGAGGAAGAACCGUGUCGCUCAAAAGAAGGCAUCGUUCCUCAAGGCACUCGAAGCCGAAGAAUAAAAACAUUUUUAAAAUCAAUGUUUGUAUUUUACUGUUGUUAUUCAGCAGUACUGCACUAUUCUUCAGUUUACAUUGUCAACUUGUUUGUAACGAAUAUUGCUUAGAGGAUAUAAGAAUGACCAUAAUAAAAUGUACUACGCAUUUUUUAAUAUUUUAAGUAAAA